AGAAAUCUGUUAGAUUGCUUUACCUCUGAUGACUUGGUAUCUAAAGGAUCUCUGGAAAGCCCCAUGACAUUGGAUGGGGGAAAUAAAAGUCCAGUGGUCCAGUGAGAGAGAAGUCACAGAGACACUCCACCUAACUGAAGACGUAAAAGAGAAUCUACUGCGGUGUCUCACCAAGGAUAUCUUUGUUUACCCUGACCUCUCUUGGACAAGGAAACACCCUCAGCAUGGCCUCAGAGAGCCACAUGCCAGCCCCCCUGUGCCUCAUUGAGAACACUAAAGGGCAGCUGGUGGCUAAUCAGGAAGCUCUGAAGAUCCUGUCUGCCAUUACCCAGCCGGUGGUGGUGGUGGCUAUUGUGGGCCUGUACCGCACAGGCAAAUCCUACCUGAUGAACAAGCUGGCUGGGAAGAGAAAGGGCUUCUCUCUGGGCUCCACAGUGCAGUCUCACACCAAAGGAAUCUGGAUGUGGUGUGUGCCUCACCCCAAGAAGCCAAGCCACACCCUAGUUCUGCUUGACACCGAGGGCUUGGGAGAUGUGGAGAAGGGUGACAGUCAGAAUGACUCCUGGAUAUUUGCUCUAGCCAUACUCCUGAGCAGCACCUUUGUAUACAACAGCAUGGGGACCAUCAACCAGCAGGCGAUGGACCAGCUGCACUAUGUGACAGAGCUGACAGAUCGAAUCAGGGCAAAGUCCUCACCUGCUGCAAACGGGACUGAAGAUUCAGCUGACUUUGUAAGCUUCUUUCCAGACUUUGUGUGGACACUGAGGGAUUUCACCUUAGAUUUGGAAGCAGAUGGAACAACCAUCACAGCGGACGAGUACCUAGAGAAUUCACUCAAGCUUAAGCAAGGUACCAGUCCAAAGGACAAAAAUUUUAAUCUGCCCCGACUCUGUAUCCGAAAGUUCUUUCCAAAAAAGAAAUGCUUCAUCUUUGAUCGGCCCACUCAACGUAAGAAGCUAAACCAGCUAGAGACCCUGCAUGAUGAUGAGCUAGAUUCUGAGUUUGUGCAACAAGCUGCAGUCUUCUGUUCCUACAUCUUUAGCAAUUCCAAGACUAAAACCCUUUCUGGAGGCAUCAAGGUCAAUGGACCUCGUCUAGAGAGCCUGGUGCUGACCUAUGUCAAGGCCAUCAGCAGUGGGAAUCUGCCCUGCAUGGAGAAUGCAGUACUGGCCUUGGCCCAGAUCGAAAACAGGGCUGCAAUGCAGAAAGCCAUUGCCCACUAUGAGCAGCAGAUGGGCCAGAAGUUGAAGCUGCCCACAGAAACCCUCCAGGAGCUUCUGAACCUGCACAGGGCCUGCGAGACAGAGGCCAUCAGCGUCUUCAUCAAGAGUUCUUUCAAAGAUGUAGACCAUUCAUUUCAGAAAGAAUUAGCGAACCAGCUAGAAAAAAAGCGGGAUGACUUUUGUAGACAGAAUGUGGAAGCAUCAUCAGAUCGUUGCACAACUUUACUUAUGGAAAUCUUCAGUCCUCUAGAAGAAGCUGUGAAGCAAGGGGCCUAUUCUAAACCAGGAGGGUACCAUCUUUUUAUUCAGAAGACAGAAGAGCUGAAACAGAAGUACUUCCAGAAACCUAGGAAAGGGAUACAGGCUGAAGAGAUUCUUCAGACAUACUUGAAGUCCAAGGAGUCUGUGACUGAUGCGAUUCUACAGACAGACCAGACUCUCACAGAAAAGGAAAAGGAGAUUGAAGUGGAACGGGUGAAAGCUGAGUCGGCCCAAGCUGCAGCAAAAAUGGUGGAGGAAAUGCAAAAAAAGAAUCAGCAGCUGAUGGAAGAGAAAGAAAAGAGUUACCAGGAACAUGUGAAACAACUGACUGAGAAGAUGGAGAGGGAUAGGGCCCAGCUGAUGAAAGAGCAAGAGAGGACCCUCGCUCUUAAACUUCAGGAACAGGCCCGAUUACUAAAGGAAGGAUUCCAAGAUGAGAGCAAACGCCUUCAUAGCGAAAUACAGAACAUCCAAAGGAACAUGGCAAAACCAAGGAGGAUGUGUUUGUUAAGCUAAAGACCUAAAAAAUGGAAUUCUUAUGGUCAUUCUUACCUAAGGCAUAACUCAAGCUGUUUUUGGCUGAAAAAAUGACACUACACUUGAUAACAAUUAGAACUUGCAUUUUUACAACAUCAGAUUUUUGCAAAGACAUGAAGACUAUCAUUGAAAUCACGUUUGUCUUCCUAUUAAUAUUAUGAGUUGUAUAAGUAGAGUAAAUUUUAUCUCUAUACCAACACAGGAGGAAUCGCAAGCUGGUCCUUACCACUCAGGAGAAGCUUAACCUCCCAGAUAGCCAAUAGUAGACAAAUGAAUACUGAGCAAAGUCUUAGGUAAAAGUAUUGGGAUAUAGUUGAGCAUCAGUUCGGCUAACUGUACAAUGGGUUCCAAUGUCAGGAACAAGCAUCUGGCUUCUUGGUGAGAAUGAACAGCUUUCCAUUGCAGUGAUACUGCACAGUCUGUAAGCAAUGGUGUUAUUUCCGAGCACUGGGAAUGGACAAUCCUCACUGUCAGAUUCUAAACUAAAGCAAACUACCUUAUACAGAGAUCUAGACUGUCUCCUGAAUUUCUGUAGGAAGAUGAAAGAAACCAUUAGCAUUAGUAGGAGCUGGUCAUUAACAAAUGCACCACAGAAGAAAAUUUUCCUUUCUUGAUCAGUUAAUCCAUGUUAUAAUUUAAUGGGACUUUCUGGGAUUUUGGUUGUUGACACUGGGCUGAACAUAGUAACAUAAAGACAAUUAUGCAUUGUGUGUUUGUCACAAUGUAUAAUUCACAAAGAUGGGCUUUAAAUGAUGACAGAUGUUAGAAAACUAAGCUAACUUAAUUAUUAGUUUAUAAUCCUAAAGCUUAGGCUAUCUCUUUCCCAGUGCUUAACAGUCAUACUUCAAAGCUUGAUGAUUUUUUCCAAAGAGAAUAUGGAUUGCUUUUGACAUUUUUUGACCAGAAAAAUGAUGCUCUAGGCAUUAAUAGUACUAUAUAAACUGCAGCAUAAAUAAUGCUGUAGAUAUUACUAGUACUACAUAUACUACAGCAUAUGUAGACUUUAUACCAAUUGUCUAAGGUCCUAAGCAAACAGUCGAUGUUUCUUGAAGUGAUUAAGAAUUAUUUCAAGCUGGAAAUAAAAUAUACUUCAUUAGA